AUGGAGAUAACGACAAAUUUCCUUGGUCAUCAAAUGAAAUCAAAUCCACCGAAAUAUAGUGGUGAAAAAGAACGAGAACGACGACGAAUUAUUCAUCAAUUAGUUCAACAAUUACUUGAUUUUGAUUAUCGUACUGUAUCUGAUAACAAAACAUUAUUACAUCUUUCUUUGAUUCCAUACCACAAGGAUCGGUGGCUUGGUCAUAUUGGUAUUGUCACAACAUUUCCAUCUCUACCGGUUGUAAAAUUCUUGUUGUCUUGUCGAGCAUCAAUCAACGCAAUUGAUAAUGAUCAUUAUACAUCAUUGCAUGAUUUUGUUCUAAAUGAUUAUAAACAUUUUCCCCAUCUCCAAUGA